AUGAAUUACACGGCCUUCAACGACACCGACACGGGUUUGUUCUCUAACAGCAGCGAUGGCUUUCGCAGGUGCUGCAACAUGUCCUCGGUGGUCACGGACAGCGGCUUUGAGUCGACUGCGCUGGCCGAGCGGAACUUUUUCAUCACGCGCGUGGUCCAGAUCGCUGUCAUGUGCGUGCUCGCACUCACCGUGGUUUUCGGCAUCUUCUUCCUCGGUUGCAACUUGCUCAUCAAGUCCCAGGGAAUGAUCAACUUUCUAAUGACGGACAGGAGACCAUCCAAAGAUGUGGAAGCUGUGAUUGUUGGCACGUAUUAGCGCAAUGCUCCAUCGGAAGACGAGAUACACACAGUUCAACUUAAGUAUUUUUGCGAAGAUAGUACUCACUCUAACUGCAGGUGGACGCAGGAGAUGUGAAAUGUUGGCAGGCAGACAGAGAGACCCUUGCUUCAGGACUAAGAAUUGUUUCUAGAAAAGGGGCCAACGGCAUUUCACCAUCAUAAAUCUUUUUACGGAUCACUUCCAAUCGGGUCUUACCCACUGUGAAUGUAGCCCUUGGAUAUGAGUUAUCUUUGUAGUUCUUAAGAAAAUAUUAUAUGGAGAUACUCCCAGAUACAUGUUGGUGUGGGGUUUUGAUACACGUUCUCUUAACUGGUUUUUGGAAAUUAUAUAAAAUGAAUGUUAUCUGUAGCCUAUGAUCAAUGUGAGUGUAUUGAAGAGCCUUUGUAUUUCCGUUUCAAUAUGACCCAGAAAAUGUCCUGGGUAACAUUCCAUUAGUGAUACAAUGCAUGUUUUUAAUCGUAGUCCAAAUAAAUUAAUUGUAACCUUAUUUGGUAAU